CGUCUGUUAUCGUGUUUGUUUUACAUGAUUUCUCUUAACAGAUGACUUACAUUUCUGUGAUUAACAGAGUCAGACUCGGAUGAUGAUAUAGCAUACCUCGAUGAUGAUAAUGGCUGCUGUGCUUCUCUCAUGGCAAAGAUGAUGGCGAACAGCUUCUGUGACCAGUUGUGUCAGCUGAAUCAUACAAUGAGAAAGAACUGCCGUGUGGCCGUUAAGACCACAAACUUCUACUGGUUGGUGCUUCUGCUGGUGUUUCUCAACACAGUGGCCAGCGCCUCCGAGCACUAUGGGCAACCUAAGUGGCUCACAGAAAUGCAGGAGCGAGCCAACAAGAUCCUGCUGCUGCUCUUCACUCUGGAGAUGUUGAUGAAGAUGUACGCCUUCGGCCUGCAGAUCUAUUUCAUGGCGCUGUUCAACCGCUUUGAUUGCUUCGUGGUGUGCGGCGGCAUCCUGGAGACGCUGCUUGUAGAGAUGGAAGUCAUCCCGCCCAUUGGCAUCUCUGUGCUGCGCUGCAUCCGACUGCUCAGGAUAUUCAAGAUGACCCGGCACUGGGCUGCUUUAUCCGACCUGGUCAACUCGCUGCUCAACUCCAUGAAAGCUAUCUGCUCCCUGCUGCUCCUGCUCUUCCUCUUCCUCAUCAUCUUCGCCUUGCUGGGCAUGCAGUUGUUUGGAGGCAAAUUCAACUUUGACGAGACUCAGAUGAAGAGAAGUACUUUUGACUCCUUCCCUCAGGCUCUGCUCACUUGUUUCCAGAUCCUCACUGGAGAGGACUGGAACGCCGUGAUGUAUGACGGCAUUAUGGCAUAUGGCGGACCAAUCUUCCCCAAUAUGGUGGUGUGCAUUUACUUCGUCAUCCUCUUCGUCUGUGGUAACUACAUCCUGCUCAAUGUCUUCUUGGCUAUCGCCGUGGACAACUUGGCAGGAGGCGGCGGGAAAUCCAAAGUCGAGGAGAAAAAGGAAGAGGAAGAAGAGUGGGAUGAGGAUGAAGAGAAAGAAGAUGAAGAUGCAGGGAACGAUGAAGAUGACUGGCAGGAAAACGAGGAGCUGAGGGCCAUCGAGGGGCUGGAGGGAGUCGCUCCAUUAAAGCCUGAGUUCUCAGGGCCCAAAGAGAAGAUCGUCCCGAUCCCUGACGGAAGCUCCUUCUUCAUUCUUGGAAAGAAAAACUGUUUGCGAGUCGCCUGCCACAACCUCAUCCAUCACCCGUACUUCACCAACUUCAUUCUCAUCUUCAUCAUCCUCAGUAGUAUUUCCCUGGCUGCUGAGGAUCCAAUCAAAUCCCACUCAUUCAGGAACAUCGUGCUCGGUUAUGCAGAUUAUGUUUUCACUUCAGUUUUCACAGUGGAGAUUGUACUAAAGAUGACAGUCUACGGAGCUUUUCUGCACACCGGCUCCUUCUGCAGAAACGCUUUCAACCUUCUUGACCUGCUGGUUGUCAGCGUGUCGCUCACGUCUUUCUUUUUACAUUCAAGUGCAAUCUCUGUGGUCAAGAUUCUCAGAGUGCUGCGAGUGCUCAGGCCUCUUCGAGCCAUUAACAGAGCCAAAGGACUGAAGAAUGUGGUGCAGUGUGUGUUUGUGGCGAUCCGCACCAUCGGCAACAUCUUAAUUGUCACAACACUCCUUCAGUUCAUGUUUGCCUGUAUUGGAGUGCAGCUCUUCAAGGGCAGAUUCUACAGCUGCACAGAUGAAGCCAAACACACCCCUGUGGAGUGCAAGGGGACAUUCGUGGUCUAUAAAGACGGAGAUAUGAACCACCCCAUGGUGAGAGAGAGGAUUUGGGAAAACAGUGAUUUCAACUUUGACAACGUGCUGAUGGGCAUGCUGGCUUUAUUCACUGUGUCAACAUUUGAAGGCUGGCCGCAGCUUCUUUAUCGGGCCGUGGACGCCAACGCCAUCAACCGUGGUCCCAUUUACAACUACCGAGUCGAAAUCUCCAUCUUUUUCAUCAUCUACAUCAUCAUCAUCGCCUUCUUCAUGAUGAACAUAUUUGUGGGUUUUGUCAUCAUCACAUUUCGAGAGCAAGGAGAGGCCGAAUUCAAAAAUUGUGAACUCAACAAAAAUCAGCGUCAGUGUGUGUACUACGCCCUGAAAGCUCAGCCUAUAAAGAUCUACAUCCCUAAAAACCCGUCGCAGCUCAAAUUCUGGAAAAUUAUCAACUCCAGCCAGUUUGAAUACGUCAUGUUUGUGCUGAUUCUGGGAAACACUCUCACUCUGGCUGUUCAGCAUUAUGAGCAGUCUAAACUCUUCACCUCCAUCAUGGACAUCCUCAACAUGAUCUUCACUGUCGUUUUCACCAUAGAGAUGAUCAUCAAGUUACUGGCUCUGCGGGCUCAUCACUACUUCAUCGAUCCAUGGAAUUCAUUUGACGCCUUGAUUGUUGUGGGGAGCGUGUUGGAUAUCGCAGUCUCUGAGUUCAGCGGAGGAGGCGGCCACGGAGAGGGUGGAGGUAAAGGAGAGAGUGGUAAAGUGUCCAUCACAUUCUUCCGUUUAUUCCGAGUCCUGCGGUUGGUGAAGCUACUCAGCAAAGGAGAGGGCAUCCGAACACUCCUCUGGACUUUUGUCAAGUCACUCCAGGCCCUGCCGUACGUUGGUCUGCUCAUCGCCAUGAUCUUCUUCAUCUAUGCUGUGAUCGGCAUGCAGACAUUUGGGAAAGUGGCCAUCGAUGACGACACACAUAUUAACAGAAACUGCAACUUCCAGACUUUCUUCAUGGCUGUUCUGGUGCUCUUCAGGUGUGCCACUGGGGAGCAAUGGCAGGAGAUUAUGUUGGCAGCUCUGCCCGGUAGACGCUGUGACCCAGAAGCCGACACUGAGCCUGGUGAAGAGUUCACCUGCGGUAGCAACUUGUCCUACAUCUACUUCAUCAGCUUCUUCAUGCUCUGUGCUUACCUGAUUAUCAACUUGUUCAUCGCCGUCAUCAUGGACAACUUUGAAUACCUGACACGAGACUGGACUGUGCUCGGCACGCACCACCUGGACGAGUUCAAGAGAGUUUGGUCGGACUACGAUCCAGAGGCCACUGGUCGUAUAAAACACAUCGAUGUCGUCACUAUGCUGCGCAGGAUUCAGCCACCUCUUGGUUUUGGAAAACUGUGUCCUCAUCGUGUUGCUUGCAAGCGUCUGGUUGCUAUGAACGUCCCACUGCACGCUGACGGGACAGUCACCUUCAGUGCUACUCUGUUUGCUCUUGUCCGAACUUCACUCAAGAUCAAGACUGAAGGUCCCAUCGACCAGCAGAAUGAGGAGCUGAAGCUGAUCAUUAAGAAGCUCUGGAAGCGCACCAAGCCCAAGCUCAUUGAUGAAGUCAUUCCUCCCCCUAGAGGGGAUGAGGUGACGUGUGGGAAGUUUUAUGCCAGUUUCUUGAUUCAGGACUAUUUUAAAAAGUUCCGCAAGAGGAAGGAGAGGGAGAGGAAAUCAAAAAGGAAGGACAAGGCGGCUUCUCUGCAGCAAGGGCUGCGGACGCUGCAGGACCUGGCUCCAGAGAUGCGUCUGGCAAUGGCCUGUGACCUGGAAGAAGAGGAGGGUGCCGACGGAGAGAUGACCGGCGAUGAAAUAUUCGACAGCGAGCCUGGAACUUCGGUGACAACCACGCCUGCCACAACGCCAUUGCCACCUAUAGACACGCUGGUAGAGCAGGUGACUGUGUUCAUGGAACCUGAGCCCAAGAUAGCCAACGGGGGCGUGAUUACAGAGCAGGUGACGGGCCUGCAGGAGCACCAGAGACCAGGAUCGGAGCUGGCGGGAGUCAGCGUUGUCACAGAGCAGCCUGUGAAGUCUAAUCCCCUGCCUGUCAGGGUGGACUCCAUCAGUGAGUUGCCUCCUCCUCCUCCUUCUCCUCUGCCUCCUCCAGAAAUACCACAGGUUGUAGUUGAAGAACCAGUUGUGGAGCCUACAGUCGAAGUAGUUGAGCAGGUUUACAGCAUUGAAGGAGACGCUGCAAGUCUGGCAUCAGUAGACGGGUACGUGUAUCCAGAACCCGUCUCUCCUGAGCCAACUGAGACUGGCUACAACAGUCAGAGUCUGGAUAGAGCAGACAGCAGCUUCGGGGAAAUACCCUACGAUACCCAUCGAGCCAACGGCUUUGAUAGCAACGAUUAUAAUGGCACCAACAUGAAUGGAGAGAGUGUUACUGCGAGCCCCACUCCCUAUGCCACAAAUGGAUAUAAUGGGAAUGGAUACACAGGCUACAAUGACAACGGCAGUGUCAUAAGCGCCAAUGGAAACGGAAGUACGAUGAACGGCAAUGAGAACGGCAGCACGUUCAACGGUUUCAAUGGGAAUGGAUACAAUGGAAGUGAGAACAGCGCACAGUUUGUCAGGAGACGACUGCUUCCUCCCAUACCAAGAGGUCGUAAGCCGUCCUUUAACUUACAGUGUCUGAAACCACAGAGCAGUGUGGACAACCUCCCCAUCCCAGGGAACUACCGUGGGAACACAUCCCCAACUAGAUCCCGUCUACAGACCCAGCACAGUCUGGACUCUCGGCCCAGCAGCGUGUCCUCGAUGUCAUCUGCCUCCUGGGCAAAUACUGCAGCAGCUGGCACCACUCCUCUUCCAGGAAUAGUCGCCCCCUCAGGACGCAGGGGCAAGCUCAUCUACACCCCUAUGAUCCUGGUGGACGAGGCCAGCGGCACCACCCAGCCGCUGUGGAGCGACGGCUCUGCCAGCCUCCCUGCAGGAAACAGGGCACCUGGAUGGUAUCCCGGUCAGACGAGGACCUUCACCAGUGUGAGGAUGCCGCCGGUCACCCAAGGCCUCAUAGAUAAAGGCAGCGCAGACAGUCUGGUUGAGUCGAUCUUGAUCUCCGAGGGUCUGGGGAUGUACGCCAGGGACCCUAAGUUUGUGAGCUUCGCCAAGCGGGAGAUCGCCGAAGCCUGUCACAUGAGCCUGGACGACAUGGAGAGCGCUGCGGCUGACCUCAUAGCUCGCGGAGCCAGCCAGUCGAUUUCUCGCAUUGAGGACGAGCUGGCCGAUGAAAUGAACUGCGUGAUUUCUUACUGAGAUCAGCACAAGUGAAAUAAACUGUGUGAGAAAGUGAGGUGUGAGGAAAUGUGUGUGUUUAAAUCUGGAGAAAAGAGAAAGUGGACUGGAUGACAUGAGAACGAUCUGAGACAGUUUUGUCUACUUUGUCAAAUGCUGUGUCGGUGAGAUUUACUUUUAAUAAUAGAUGCCAAAACGGACACUGAUUAUAAGAGCACAUGUCAGUAUGUGGCAGGACUCAACAACACCUCCUAUGAACACUUUGACUGCAGUGUUCUGCAGACGAGCCCACUGAAUGUGACAGGAAACUGUGACUCUUAGCGUCACUACGACAAAGGACCAUAUUUUUUGCAUUGUAUUCUUAUUUUGUACUUGAAUUGUUGUCACUUUAUACACCUGUAUAAACUUUAAAAUAGAAAAUAUGAUACUAUUAGAUCAAUAAAACAUUUAUAAUGAUUUAUAUGUGAGU